UUGCAGCUCCCCAAUUGCCUGGGCUGGCGCAACACGACUCGUUCUGCCUGCCGGGGGGGCGGCUCCGCCUGGGGGGUCCCCAUGAAUGUCAUCCCUGCGACCUCCGACCCGACGGGUUUCCGUGAGAUCUGCCGGCCGUGGGCGCGGUUACCCACUAACGCCGCCUCCGACCUGCGCUACAACACGCGGCCGCGCCAUGGGACCCCCCUGCCCCGCGUCCCCCUCAGCCCCGCCCCCGCGCUCACGCCACGCAGCGCAGACCCCGGGCAGCGCGCCCCACACCAGCCCCACCAACCAGCAGCAGGAUGUACGGCCGCCGGCCACAAGGCUUGCCGGCUGCCACCGAGAGUCAUUGAGCCACCGAGAGUCAUUGAGCCACCGAGGGUCAUUGAGCCACCGAGAGUCAUUGAGCCACCGAGGGUCAUUGAGGUGCCACCAAGAGUCAUUGAGCCACCGAGGGUCAUUGAGGAGACUCGAAGAGUCAUUGAGGAACCAAGAGUCAUUGAGGAGACACAAAGAGUCAUUGAGCCACCAAGAAUCAAUGAGCCACCACGAGUCAUUGAGCCACCGAGGGUCAUUGAGGUGCCACCACGAGUCAUUGAGGUGCCCCCCCCCGGCCCGGAGGUGGUCAUUGUGCCGCGUCCCACCCAGGGGCUGCAGGGCCCCCCCCCCACAGCGCUCCCAGUUGGGGUGUGUGAGCGGAACCCGCAGCUGUGUGGGCCGGGGCGCUGCGUCCCGCGUGGUGGCGGAUACACGUGUGUGUGUCACAACGGCUUCUGGCUCAGCACGCAGGGCACACACUGCAUUGAUGUGGAUGAGGCUGGGGUGCGGGGCGCGCGCAGCCCCCACGCCCUGUGCCCACGCCGCUGUGAGAACUGCCCGGCUCCUUCCGCUGCGUCUGGCCCCUCUGGGUUCCGCUUCUGCCCCACAUGGGGGCACUGGCGAGACAUUGAUGAAUGUGAGACCCCCACGGCGUGUCCCGGCCCAGGAGUGCAUCAACAAAACCGCCGCUCCUUCCAGUGCCGGCCCCUGCCACGACGGCUCGAGCUGCGCCACGGCCGCUGUGCAGUGACGCCGUGGGACGUCCCUCGUGUCCCUGACAUCCCCACAACCGCCCCCCGUGUCCCCACCGAUGUCAAUGAGUGUCGAGGCGAGUUCUGCUUCCCCCAUGGUGAAAAUGCCGUCAACACCGACGGCUCCUACCGCUGCCUCUGCGCACAGGGCUACGCCAGCGCCCCCGACGGCACCGCCUGCAUCGACGUGGAUGAAUGUGCACGUGGGGAUGUGUGUGAGGGCAGCCGCUGCGUCAACACCGACGGGACCUUUGAGUGCCACUGCCCUGCGGGGUUCCGAUCCGACAGCGCACGGGAACGCUGCCUCGAUGUGGACGAGUGCCAGGAGCACGGGCCCAGGCUGUGUGGGACUCAGCGCUGCCAGAACAUCCCGGGGUCGUUCAGCUGCGUCCCUGAGUGUCCCCCCGGCUUCCGACUGGGGGGCGGCGGGGAGUGCGAGGAUGAGGACGAGUGCUCGGGGCCGGAGCCGCGCUGUGGGGCUCACGCCGUGUGCCACAACCUGCCCGGCUCCUUCCAAUGUGCGUGUCAUCAGGGCUACGAGGCCGCGCAUCACGGCCACCACUGCCAGGAUGUGGAUGAGUGCACGACACUGCCUGGCGUGUGCGGGGCCGCGCGGUGCGAGAACGUGGACGGCUCCUUCCUCUGCCUCUGCCCCGAGGACGGACACGAGUUCGACCCGGUGACGGGAACCUGUGGGGGGGCGGCCACCCCGCAGCCCCCCAGGGGGGUCACUGCCGUGCUGCCCCACGGUGACCCCGCGCGGUGCUACAGCCCGGCCUGUGGGGUGCUGGCGGCCAACGUCACCCGGCAGGAAUGCUGCUGCGCUGUGGGGUGGGCCUGGGGACAGAGCUGUCACCACGAGGCCGCCUGUCCUGGAGAUGGCAGCGCCGAGCAGCGCAGCCUGUGCCCCCACGGGAUGGGACAGAGCGCCAGACCCCACAGCCCCCCCGGGGACAUGGAUGAGUGCCGCAUGUUCGCUCCCCACCUGUGCCGGGGGGGGGUCUGCAUCAACGCCGCCCCCGGGUUCAGCUGCUACUGCCCCACGGGGUAUUACUACGAGCGGGAGCACCUGCAGUGCGUCGACAAUGAUGAGUGUCGUGACGAGGCGGAUUUGGAGCCGUGUGUUGGGGGCCGCUGUGUCAAUACAGUGGGGUCCUAUUACUGCGUCUGCAGCCCCCCCCUGGUGCUGGACGGGGCCCAGCGCCGCUGCGUCCCCAACGACACCCGCAGCCACGAGGAGGCUGUGGGGCUGUGCUGGCAGGAGGUUGGCCCCGACCUGGUGUGCGGCCGCCCCCGCCUGGACCGUGCGCUGCCCUAUAGCGAGUGCUGCUGCCUCUAUGGGGCCGCGUGGGGCAUGGACUGCGCGCUCUGCCCUGCACGGGACUCAGGUAUGACCCCAAUACCCCUCAUGGCCCCAAUACCCCUAAUGGCCCCAAUACCCCUCAUGGCCCCAAUAUCCCUUAUGGCCCCAAUACCCCUCAUGGCCCCACAACCCCUCAUGGCCCCACAACCCCUCAUGGCCCCACAACCCCUCAUGGCCCCACAACCCCAGAGCCUCACACCGUAUACCCUGUAGCCAUAUACCCCACUCCCCAUACCCCAUAGCCCCAUAUGCCAUACCCUGUAGCCCCACAUCCCAUACCCCAUAUCCCUACUCCCAUAAUAGGGUCUCCCACCAACCCCCCAUAAAGCUGUGCCCCCCCUCCAUUCUCAGAUGCAGACAGGGGGCCCUACUCCCUCCCACCCCAUAUUUCCCUCCCCACCCCAUACCCCCACUUGUCUCCUCCCAUACCCCCACAUUUUGAACUCCCCC